CACCAAGCGUUGUUUUGGUAUCAGAUCCGAUCCAUCUGUUAUUGCCGAGCAGCAUGUUGGAAAGCGGUGAGCACUUUUUCGAGGGGGUUGAGAAACUGCUGGAGAUUUGGUUUGAGGAGAGCUCCAACAGCGACGAUGAUCUGCGUAACAUCAGCAGAGCCGAUUGGGAAAACGUGCUUAGCAAUGUCAACUGUGAAAUAAUAAGCACGUCCAAAAACGACAUUAUAGAUGCUUUUGUUCUGAGUGAGAGCAGUAUGUUUGUUUCCAAGCGACGAUGGAUUCUUAAAACUUGUGGAACGACUACCCCAUUGAAAUGCCUGGGACAAUUGCUAAAGCUGGCAGAGGCCAAUGGAUACAAUGUAGUCGCAGACUUGUUCUACUCGAGAAAGAAUUUCACUAGACCGGAGGCGCAGAGAACCCCCCAUCAAGGCUUUACGGAAGAAGUUACAUAUCUGGACUCUGUUUUUCCCAACGGAAGAUCAUAUUGUCUGGGUUCCAUGAACCUGGAGUGUUGGUAUCUCUACACAUUUAGUCGUUCUGAUAUCAAAAUUUCUCCCAAACUCAUAACGGAUGAGAAAAUUGUUGACUCCGAUCCAGACCAAACUAUUGAAAUAUUAAUGCAAGAUCUAGAUCCCGAAACCAUGUCCGUCUUCUACAAAAACAAAUUUGAUAAUGCUAAUGGAGCUACUGUGAAAUCUGGAAUCGAUACCAUAUUGCCGAGCAUGCACAUUGAUGACUUCUUAUUCGAUCCUUGCGGCUACUCCAUGAAUGGAAUCAACGAUAAGGGGGAGUACAUGACAAUUCAUAUUACUCCGGAGAAUCAAUUUUCGUAUGUGAGCUUCGAAACCAAUGUUGCUUUGAGUAACUAUCGUAAACUUAUUAAUCAAGUAAUCAAUACAUUCAAGCCCGGAAAGUUUAUUGUAACCAUCUUUGCCAAUAAGUGCUCCUUGGCCUAUGAAACCAUGAAGGAACUAGAAGUGGAGUACUCCAAGGGAUCGCACUGGAAACGAACCGACAUGCAAUGUUGCAAUUUUCCAUCCUACAAUCUUCUGUUUGCACAAUAUUCUCACGCGGAGAAAACUGGUGAUAAUUUAUAAAAUUCCAAACCCAACAGCAAUUGUGAUUGUUUUGAGUAUGUCUAACAAAACAUAUUGUUCGUUUGUUAUUAAUUAAUCAAAAUAAAUGUCGAAUAUAUAAACUA